UAGUAGUUGAACUUGAAAACACCCUAAAGCUUUUUCUCAAAGCAGAACACUUUGGUUGAGUAAAAGGAAUCGAUUUCUCUAUCAAGCAACAAUGGAUGAAGGAAGAGAAGGUGAGAUAAAGAAGAAGAAGAAGGCUGAUGAAGGAGAAGUGAAGGAAGGAGUAGCAUCUAUAGCUUUGUUGCCAUGCGGGUCUAUCUCUGGCCACUUCAUUCAAAUGCCUAGCUCCAUCUGUUAUGGUCUCCAUGGCACUGAACUGGCUUGUGAGACUGAGUGCAGCCGCGGUGAGGAUUAUAGGUUGAUCAAACUCACUGUCAUAGACUACAAUAGUAAGAAGGAACAAACAGUUGUAGUGGAAUGCAAAGGCCAUGAUGCUGCUCGUAUUAAUGAUGUCGAGCAUGCUCACGGUUGGGAGGAAGAUGUCAUAGGAUUAGUGGAACAAAAACACGGGAAGAAGAAAGUAUCGGUUUUGUUCGAGUGUGAGACAUUGAAGGCAGAUAAAGCAGCAGAAGACCAUAUCAGACAGUUUAUGCCCAAAUUAGCUGGACUUGACGCCUUAACAUUGGACCAAUGAAGAUUUCGGGACUUGAUUUUGCUGCAGUAGAAGAGGAACUCACAAACUAAGACAGCUUUUGACUCUUUUCACUUUUUGAAUACAUCGCAUUCGAAUGCUCUUUUGAGUCUUUGUUUCACAUCAUAGAACACAGUCAACGGUUUAAUCAAUCUCCAUAUGUUUGGUACCAAUUGAAGUUGUUUACUGCACCCAUUGUGUCACAUAUAUUUUAAUGAUUUAUUUUAAUUAUUUUAUGUA